CCCACCGCAGCUGUCUCCAGCUCUCCCCUCCAUUGCCAGCCCACACCUUUCUCCAUCUCUCCCUCUCACUCCAUGUCUUCUUCCUUCUCCUCUGCUACCUCUCUCUCACUCCAUGUCUUCUUCCUUCUCCUCUGCUACCUCUCUCUCUCGCUCUCUAAAUACAUAUAUAUGUAGACACCUUCCCGACUUCUCUCUACCACCGUAGCAGCGAGAGCACCAUAGACCAUUGAAGAUGAUAUCUAAGCUCUCCUUCCUUCUCCUCCUCCUUCCCACUCUUCUUCUUGCUGCAUCACCUUUUCCUCGUGGCAGCAAAAUCAAAGCAGCAACAGCCGAUUUUCAGGCGGCAAGGAUGAGAUCAGCACAGGGAGCAGGCUCCGGCGCGCUGCUGUCGUCGUCCAAGCGCUACGAAGGGUCGUCCGACCUCGUCCACCUGCGCUACCACAUGGGCCCCGUCCUCUCCUCCCCCAUCAACCUCUAUCUCAUCUGGUAUGGCCCCUGGCCCGCCGCCCACCGGGCCACACUCCGCGACUUCUUGCUCUCCCUCUCCGACCCCUCCCCGCCGCCGCCCUCCGCCGCGCAGUGGUGGUCCACCGUCGCGCUCUACUCCGACCAGACCGGCGCCAACGUCUCCCGCCGCGUCUCCGUCGCGGCCGAGGCCCACCUCCGGGGCCUCCCCCGCGGCGCCUCCCUCACCCGCCUCGGCGUGCAGCUCGUCAUCGCCGACGCCCUCGCUUCCGGCUCUCUCCCCGUCGACCACGGCCGCGGCGCCUACCUCGUCCUGACAUCCCCCGGGGUCGCCGUCCAGGACUUCUGCCGCGCCGCCUGCGGCUUCCACUACUUCACCUUCCCUUCCCUGGUCGGCCACACCCUCCCCUACGCCUGGGUCGGCCACAGCGGCGUGCAGUGCCCCGACGUGUGCGCUUACCCCUUCGCCGUGCCCACCUACAUGACCGGCGUCGGGGCCAUGCGCCCGCCCAACGGGGAUGUCGGGGUGGACGGCAUGGUCAGCGUGCUGGCGCACGAGCUCGCCGAGCUCUCCACCAACCCCUUGGUGAACGCCUGGUACGCCGGGGAGGAUCCGACGGCGCCGACCGAGAUCGCCGACCUCUGCGAGGGUGUCUACGGCACCGGCGGCGGAGGCGGGUACACCGGGCAGGUGAGCAAGGACGAGCUGGGGAGAAGCUACAACCUCAAUGGGAGAAACGGGAGGAAGUUCUUGGUGCAGUGGGUGUGGAGCCCUAUCGUGAAGGCUUGCAGAGGCCCCAAUGCCAUGGACUAGAGAACAUAUUACCGCACUAGAUUUACUGCAUCCUCAGACGAUGCAGGCCUGCAAUCGAUGGAAUCCCAAUCACUCUAUCUCUGUAUACUUUUUGUACACAUAAGCUGCUGUAUCAAUAAGAGCUACUCUGUUGUGAGUUUGCAUCGCA